GUGAUGUGAAAAUCACAUUUUCAAGGGUGACAUCAAUAGUCAGGUGCCCUCGUGGGCGACUCAAUAAUUGCUCCAAUAUUUUUUAUUUAUUUUUUAUAAAGAUGAAAGAAGAGGAAGCAUAACAGAACAUAGAGAAAGGAAGCACCCCUUUUAUCUAUUUAUAGACACUCUUGAUUACUCAAUUGCUUCCGCAACAAUAGCACCAGUAAGCUACAGCAAUGGCUUCCGAGAAAGUCGAGACUGUUAUUGCUGGAAACUACGUGGAAAUGGAGAGAGAAGAAGGGGAUUCCAAGUCUACUAAGAGCAAAUUCUCAAAGUUCUUUUGGCAUGGUGGUUCAGUAUGUGAUGCUUGGUUCAGCUGUGCUUCGAAUCAGGUUGCACAAGUGCUUCUCACAUUGCCUUACUCGUUUUCACAACUUGGCUUGUUAUCUGGAAUUUUGUUUCAACUGUUUUAUGGCUUGCUGGGAAGCUGGACUGCUUACCUUAUAAGUGUUCUUUAUGUUGAGUAUAGAACUAGAAAAGAGAGGGAAAAGGUUGAUUUCAGGAAUCAUGUAAUUCAGUGGUUUGAAGUUCUUGAUGGGCUGCUGGGAAAACACUGGAGGAAUGUCGGCCUCUUUUUCAACUGCACUUUUCUUUUAUUCGGGUCUGUCAUUCAGUUAAUUGCCUGUGCGAGCAAUAUCUACUACAUAAACGACAGCCUAGACAAGAGAACAUGGACCUACAUCUUUGGUGCAUGCUGCGCGACAACUGUCUUUAUUCCUUCAUUCCACAACUAUAGAAUUUGGUCAUUCCUAGGCCUUAUGAUGACUUCUUAUACGGCAUGGUAUCUGACAAUUGCUUCCCUAAUCCACGGACAGAUUGAAGGAGUGAAACACUCAGGUCCAACCACAAUGGUUCUGUACUUUACUGGGGCUACCAACAUUCUUUAUACCUUUGGUGGGCAUGCUGUCACAGUGGAAAUUAUGCAUGCAAUGUGGAAGCCACAAAAGUUCAAGCUCAUAUACUUGAUAGCAACACUUUAUGUGUUAACCUUGACGCUGCCAUCAGCUUCUGCUGUUUACUGGGCAUUUGGGGACUUGCUGCUUACUCAUUCUAAUGCUCUCUCUUUGCUACCAAGGAAUGGAUAUAGAGAUACUGCUGUCGUACUCAUGCUCAUUCAUCAGUUCAUAACAUUUGGGUUUGCAUGCACCCCACUGUACUUUGUCUGGGAGAAAUUCAUUGGGAUUCAUCACACAAAGAGCGUGUUCAAGAGAGCUCUGGCUAGACUUCCUGUGGUGAUACCAAUUUGGUUCCUGGCUAUCAUCUUCCCUUUCUUUGGACCUAUCAACUCUACUGUUGGCUCUCUUCUAGUCAGCUUCACUGUUUACAUAAUUCCCUCAUUAGCACACAUGGUCACUUUCUCUUCUGCUUCGGCUCGAGAGAAUGCUGUGGAGAGACCACCGCCAUUUCUUGGAGGGUGGGUGGGCUCGUAUUGCGUGAACUUUUUUGUGGUGGUAUGGGUUUUUGUCGUGGGAUUUGGAUUUGGAGGAUGGGCAAGCAUGCUCAACUUUAUACGUCAGAUUGAUUCAUUUGGUCUCUUCACCAAGUGCUACCAGUGUCCUCCUCACAAGGCUUGAUUAUUAGAUUCCCCUACUUUCAGAAAAGAAAGUUGACGAAAUAUUAAGAUACUUACGCAAGUGUGUAAAGAGAGAUUGGCAUUUGCAACUCCCCCCCCCCCCCCCCCCUCUCCCUUUCUUUGUAAGGGCUAUAUAUGGUUGUUGGUUCUUGAAAAGGUGUGAUGGCAAUCAUGGCCACCCCCCUCAUACAGAUGUAACUUGUGUGUUAUGAAUCUUUGCCUUUUUUAUGAAUGCAAACUCCCUUGGUUUUUGUGGGAUA